ACCAAAAGAAGAAAGAGAUCAUAUUGUUGGCCUUUCAGUGUUUCUUUGCCUUUCCUAAUAUAUUACAUAUAUAUAUUAUAGUGCUGUCUUGUUCUUCAUCUUCUUCUUCAGAGUCUAAUCUAGGGUUCUUUCUUUCAUGGGUUAGAUGUCAGAUCGAUCUGUCUCAAGAAAUUAGACAUCUUUAAAUUCUUUUUUUUCUUCUUCUCUAUCUUGGAUCUGUGAACAGGAAGAAAGAAAACCCAAAAGAGAUCUAUCAUGGUGAGAGGAAAAACACAGAUGAAAAGAAUAGAAAAUGAAACCAGUAGACAAGUGACCUUUUCAAAGAGAAGAAGUGGUCUUUUGAAGAAGGCUUUUGAACUUUCGGUUCUUUGUGAUGCUGAAAUUGCUCUCAUUGUUUUUUCUCCUAAAGGAAGACUCUAUGAGUACUCUAGCUCCAGCAUAACCGAAACCAUAGAGAGGUACGAAAAGAAUGCCAAGGAAAUAGGAAGCACAUGCCGCAGUGGACUCAUCCACAAACAGAAUAACAAGGAAGAAGAUGCAUCCAUGAAAAAGAAGAUCGAACAACUUGAAAACUCAAAAAGGAAGCUUUUGGGAGAUGGAUUGGAGCCUUGCUCAUUGGAUGAGUUGCAAAAGUUGGAAGAACAGUUACACAAAUCUCUUUCUUUUAUUAGAUCAAGAAAGAAUCGGUUGUUCAUUGAGAAGAUCGAGCAGCUGAAAGAAUCUGAGAGAAAGUUAGAAGAAGAAAAUGCUGAAUUAAGGGAGAAGAGCGACGUCGUGCAAAAUCCAUUGGAUUCGACGUCUCUUGUUCCGGGUGAAUUGAAGGAGCAAGAAGUGGACACACAGUUGUUCAUUGGACUACCUGAAACAAGGAAAAAUCAUAGAAAAUAAUAACAUGGGUAAAGAGUUUUUAUGUUAUUGUUUAUUACCAGGUUUGUAUAGGCCGAGUUAACUCACAAUAUUGCACAUAUAUGAGUGAAAUGGUGCAUGCAAUUUAAUUUGUAUUUGGAAUUUGUUUUUUGUUUGUUAAAUUUUUAGGGUUUGAAUAAUAUUUAUAACUUUCUUUGGGUGUUCUUUGAAAACAGAUUGUUUAUGUGGAAUAAAAUGGUGGUAUAUAGUAUCAA